UUGGAUCAGAACAGACAUGGCGGAAUACGUGCUUGCGCCGUCUGCAGAGUGGUCAUGUUGAAUUAUUUGGUCUAAUAGUUUUGUCUGACUUUGUACAGAUUUACCCUUCCCCUGUUUCGAGUCCGUACAGGGGAAAGGUGUUUAUAAAGUAUCAUUUUUUACGGAGAGAGAAAGGUGAACAGAGCAAGGUGUCAUCAUGGGUCGACGCUCGACUUCCUCCACCAAGAGUGGGAAAUUCAUGAAUCCCACAGAUCAAGCCCGAAAGGAGGCUCGAAAAAGGGAGCUGAAGAAGAACAAAAAGCAGAGGAUGAUGGUGAGGGCUGCAGUGCUGAAGAUGAAGGACCCCAGGCAGAUCAUCAAGGAUAUGGAGAAGCUGGAUGAAAUGGAGUUCAACCCGGUGCAGCAGCCUCUGCUGAAUGAGAAGGUGCUGCGGGACAAGAGGAAGAAGCUGAGGGAGACGUUUGAGCGUAUCGUGCGUCUGUACGAGAGGGAGAACCCAGAGACGUACAAGGACCUGCGCAAGCUGGAGCUGGAGUACGAGACCAAGCGUGGACAGCUGUCCCUCUACUUUGAUUCUGUCAAGAAUGCAGAGUCUGUGGAGGUGGAGAGCAUCCCUCUGCCCGAUAUGCCUCACGCCCCAUCCAGCAUCCUCAUCCAGGACAUCCCCCUCCCUGGGGCCCAGCCCCCCUCCAUCCUCAAGAAGAACGCCUCCUUUGGAAAAACUACUACUACGACUCCGGCGGCCCCCAUGUCUGCUGCGGUGGCUGGAGUCCCACGUCUCCCGCCGGGCAGGAAGCCUCCCGGCCCCCCACCUGGACCACCACCCCCACAGGUCCUCCAACAGUACGGACGCAGAGCCCUACAGAUCAGAAGACCACCACCCGACAUAGAUGGAACUGAUGCCCUGUCGGACACGGAGCCCAUGGACACUACAGGGGGCCGGGACAGCGGCAGCGAGAGCGACCACGACAGGGACGAGCGAGACGACGAGGACGAGAGCGACAGCGAGGACGACAGUGACCUCGACAGAGAGGACGGCGACGAGGAGAGGAGGAAGGGCCAGCGACUUGAAGAGUUCGAAAGAGAUGAAGACCGAGACAGAGCACGCAGUGUGCGCUUUGCGGACAUGCCGUCUCCUCCAAGAGAGAAGAAGAAGAAGAAGAGGCUGGUGAAGAAGACCAAGGCCAUCACGCCGCUGCAGGCUAUGAUGCUUAGGAUGGCGGGGCAGUCUGUCCCAGACGAGGAGGAGGAGGAAGAAGAGGAAGAGGAGUACACUGAUACUGAGGGCUCUGAUGAUGACGACGGUGCACCUGGUGAUACCCCGCCUGGGCUUCCCCGGAUGCCUGGUGGGGCAGCACCAAUGGGAGCACCUCAGCCUCCUCCACACAUGCAAGGUCCACCGAUGGGAGGGCCUCCUCCGCUUGGCCCGCCUCCUGCUCCUCCAAUGAGACCCCCAGGACCACCCUCGGGCCUGCCUCCUGGUCCACCACCCGGUGCACCGCCAUUCCUAAGACCCCCUGGUAUGCCAGGUGGGCUCAGAGGACCCAUGCCACGUAUGCUUCCGCCGGGGCCUCCCCCUGGUCGUCCACCAGGCCCACCCCCGGGUCCUCCUCCAGGCCUGCCACCUGGCCCUCCACCCAGGGGACCUCCACCCAGGCUGCCCCCACCGGCACCACCAGGUAUCCCACCUCCUCCACCCCGUGCAGGACCACCCCGCCCCAUGGCCCCUCCCCUCUCCCUCUUCCCCCCGCCUCUCAACCCCAAUGUGCUCAGCGCGCCCCCCAGCAUCGUCCACCGCCAGAAGCCUCCCUCGGGGGCCGCGGAGGGCGCGUCCAACGCCCCCAACCCGCCAUCCAUGAUGCCACCGCCCCCCAUGCCCAUUCGCCCCGGUGGCAUGCAGAUACCCCCUCCCCCGGGCACCACAGCGCCCCCGCAGGCCCCGAGCGCCGCCCAGGCCAACCCCCCGGCUCUCCAUGCGCCCACCAUCGAAAAGCGGGCCAACAUCACCUCGGUGUCGGGGGCCGCGGCGCCAGGGCAGCCUGGAGCGGCCGGUGGGGGAGCCACCAUCUCGGCCAAGCCCCAGAUCAUCAACCCCAAGACGGAGGUCACGCGCUUCGUGCCCACCACGCUGCGUAUCCGCAGGGACAAGGCAGCGGCCGGCGGGGUGGAGAAAGGCGGUCGGAAAGGGGAGGAUAUGGCUGGGUCGGGUCCGAAACAGCAAGCCAUGGCUGCACCAGCCUCAUCGGGCACCCCCGGCCAACCCUCGGCUGCCCAGCCCAGCAUGAAGACCAAGGAUCAGAUGUACGAGGCCUUCAUGAAGGAGAUGGAAGGGCUACUGUGAAACUGAGGAACAGAGCAUGAAUCUUGUGGCAGCAAAAUUGUGACUGAGAAAGUUGCAGAGAUGAUUAUGAUGGCAAUUCAUCUUGCGGACUGAAACUGUGCUUUGUGCUGUUGUUUUUGGCCCUUUUUAAUUGUUGCAGUCCUUGUGAUUUUUUUUUUUUUAAAUAUCGUUUCAGUUUUGAAAUAAAAUGUUUUGGGGAGUUUUGUCUGAGGCGAUGGAGCUUUAGAAUUGAGAUGUUUCACACUCUGCUUACGUUGUGUCUGAAGUCGCUAAACCUGAUGCUCAAUAAACGCUUGGAAACCCCA